AUGGAUGUAAAAACCGCUUUUGUCAAUGGAGAGCUAGAGGAAGAAAUCUAUAUGCAACAAUCAGAGGGAUUUAUUUUGAAAGGCCAAGAAAAUAAGGUUAAAGAAGGUAUGGCAAGGGCUCCAACAGAAACACAAAAAUCGUACGUGUUCAUCAUAGACCUGCGAAGCAAAGAAUUAUACGACGAUGAGAUCAAAGUUGAUGUAGAGGAUUAUUGGACUCUUGUCAUAAGUUACGGAGAAACUAUGAUAGAUGAUUUUGGUAUUCAUUUCCCCUAUCCAGUGGAGACGAAGUUUGAUCUCCCUCCGAAUGCGAAUUUGGAUGCAAUCUCAGCUGUUUCUCAUAAUGGCACGAUUAUAGUUUGUGUCGACAAGCUAAUGUAUGAUUCCAGCACACGAAGCAGGUAUGUCAAGGUUAUCAAGACGGAGAUUCGAUUGAUCGAUUAG